UGUGUGUGUGUGACUACGCGGCUGGUCUAUAGUGGUCAGUCUCCAUUCUCUCACUCCCUCUAGAAGAGCCAAAUAAGCAGGAGACCCACAGUCAGCCCAACUCAACCAGCAGGUUCUUCUCUUCCUUUGUGAGGAAUCUUUGCCUUUUGCCUUGGGCUGCUGCUGGGUGGAGACUUUAUGACUGCAGUGAAAUAGCUCACUCUAAUCUGAAAGGUUCUGGUUCGUCUGAUUGUUCUUCUGAGAGGAACUGGAAGGUCUGAGAGAUGGCGGCACGGCGUUUCGGGCCUGUGGUUCUGCUGCUGGUUCUGCUGAGUGCGGGAGCGUGGACGGUUCAGGCUGAGGAAGAGGAGGAGGAGGACCGUGCAGACGAAGGGCAGCUGGAAAGCCUGGACGGUGGAGAUGUGAGUGAUGAAGAAGGAGCGGAAGAUAACCUAGAGGGAGAAGCUGAAGACACUGAUGACAAUGAAGACCAUGAAGAAGGAGAGGAAAACGAGGGGGAGAAGGGUGAGGCUGAAGAAGAAGAAGAAGCUGAGGAAGAAGAGGAGGUGGAGCUAACUGAGGUUGAUGAGGAGGAAGAGGAAGAAGAAGAAGGAGAUACUGCACUUGAUCAAGAGGACCAAGAGGACGAUGGGGAGGAAGACGAGGAGAACACAUCAAAUGAAGAAGCUGGAGAUGUAGAUUCUGAAGAGGAAGGAGAACAAGCAGAAGAGGAAGAUGAUGAUGAUGAUAAUGAUCAAGAACAUAACGAGAAAGAUGACAAUGAUAAAGAUGAGGAUGAACCUGAAGCUGCUGGAGAAGAUUCUGAGGAGGAAGAUGGUGAUGGUGAUGAGGAUGAGGCUGGAGCUGAUGGAGACCAUAAUGAGGAGGAGAAGGAGGAGGACAAUGAGGAUGAGGCAGAAGCAGCUGAAGAACAUACUGAGGAAGAGGAGGAGGAUGAGGUUGGAGCUGGAGCUGCUGAUGAAGAAGAAGAAGAGGGUGAAGAUAAAAGAGCAGCAGAUGAAGUAGUUGAGGAAAAGGCUGAAGACGUCAGGGCAGCAGAGGAAGAGGAGGAGACUGCAUCAACACAUGGAGCUGAAGAAUAUCACUCUGGAUCUCUGUGUAGCCUCUGCUCCAUCUGUGAGAACUGUGGAAGCUGUGAUCAGUGUCCGUGUGAGGAGGGAGACUCAUCAGCACACUGUCAGCACUGUGAGCAAUGCUCCUACUGUUACAUCUGUCCUGUUAUCUGUGAGACAGUCUGUGAACCAGGUGGUCUUGUGGAUGUUCUGUCUGGAACUUUUUAUCAGACUGUUGCCUCAUACCUCUGAGUACCUUUGACUCCAGCGCCAUCCUGUGGAGAAGAGCAGAAGUACAGCUCAGCUCAGGGUUCUGUAUCGUGUGUUAGAGGAUGAACAGAUUCCCCGGUUUAGGACAGAUACAGAUACAGAAACAGGACUGGGGAAACAACAUGGCCCUUCUUCAUCUGUACAGCUGAGGACCGGACACCACGGGGCCUGAUGUUUACCAUGGCACAAACAACUACAACACAAUAUGGCAGCAGGAAUUAUCAGUUGUAUAUUGUAGAGAUAUAUUUAUGAAAUUAAUUAUAAAUGUGUCAUUUUUUUGUUCUGGUCAUUAAAAAACUCUGUUUUAAUGAAUAAUUCUUAUUCAUCUGGUUCCAGUACAAAUAUAUUUCCAGUGGGGGAUGUAUUUGCACUGGAUGUGAAUUUCUAACAUCUAACAGCAUUUCCAAAAUAAACCAAUUUCACAUGAAAA